AAAGAGUGUCUGAAAUUUGGUGGUAAUGUGUGGUAGCAUCCUUACUUUGCUAUUGAAGAACUUUGUAAUUCUGAUGCUGUUUAAUGAUUUGAAUUGCACGCAGGCUACAUGCCAUUUUUUGACCGCCAUUUUCCAUUCCGCCAUUGCCAUUUUCUGACCUAAAAUGAAUUGGACUUGAAAUUUGCAGAUAACAUGUCAGCAAGAUACCCAAUAGGUCACUGGAUAUGCCAAAUUUAACAGCAUUACUCACCACUACUUUUAUGCUGUCUGAAAAAUUUAAGGGGUUACAUCAAACCCCCUGGCCUGGUAAGGGUUAAAACUAAAAAAUGGCAUUUGGCAUAGGUACCAUCAUCAUUGGGUACCAUAUUCAGCAUUAUCCCUGCCUUCAGUUGACCCUGAGAAGUGAGAACUGCAGGAAUUCACAAAAUAAAAAAAUCAAAGGAAUUGGAAUGAUUAAGGAACACCCUUUUUAGGCUUGAGAAGUGAGACAAUUACACAUGAAUGCUUAUAAUGUUUCUGUGUGAAAUUACUACACUGGCACCAACACUGCCAACAAUUGAAUUCAAGGUACAUUGUAUGCUGCUCAUGUUUCAGCACAGUCUUCAGGAUUUUAUGGUCAUAGGUGCUGGCUGUUGGUAGUGCAUUUCCUUCUUGCAGGUUUCCUGUGAAGCUAUGCCCCAAAGUGAUGAAAAAUAUGGUAGUGAGGUUCCUCAAGAUAGUGAUAAGGAUAAAUGUGUGAAGAGUGAGCCACAUGAUUUAAAAACACCACCUGCUGAAAAGAAAACAGGAGCUGGUGAUGACAAGAGGGCUUCAGAUAACAGUGCAAAAGUUGACUAUGGAUAUGACUUAUAUCCUGAAAGACAAGGUGGCAAGUACAAGCCCAGUGUCUGGGAACAUUUCUUCCUACAUGAGGGAGAGAAUCUCAGUGACCAAAUAACUUGUGAGAAAAAUGUUUACAACUGUUUUAAGAAAAGUCAUGGAGUCAAGCUAAUGCUAGCUGCUUUGAAAGCUUCGGGCUGCCCGGUGGACAUGAGCAGAAAUGUCUCUUGCGAGACAUGCGAGCACAUCGUCACAGGAGGGUACGACCCCUCAACAAACCAGAUUGUUGUGUGCCAGAACGUGGCUCGAAAGGAGAACGUGGUACAAGGCAUUCUUGUUCACGAGCUUAUUCACAUGUUCGACUUUUGUACCAAAAAGGUGAAUUUCGCGAAUCUGGAGCACUUGGCCUGCACGGAGAUUCGUGCAGCGAACCUGACGCACUGCAGCUACAUUAGCUCAAUCAUGCAAGGCGACUCCAGUCCCAUCAACAUCAAGCGGACACACCAGGAGUGCGUGAAGAACAAGGCGGCCUGCUCACUGGUGGCGGCGCGCGGCAUCAGCAAGCGGGAGGCAGUGCGCAUCGUGGACCUCGUGUUUCCGCAGUGCUACGGCGACCUGGAGCCGAUCGGCCGACGGGUGCGGCGCAACAGCGACGAUAUUCGCCGCGCGUACCUGGAGCGCCACAAGUACGGCUACGUAUGACGGUUGCCGGCGGCGCCAGCGGCGGCGGCUCCCGGACCUCGCGACUGCCCCAGUUAACGCCACGGAGAUGGGCCCGUGUUGCUGGCGCCACCGCUGCUGCAGACCCGGAACAGUAGGUCAUUAUUUGUUAUUUUCCUUGACGUUUGAUUGUUGGUAACAAAUCGUGUACAAUGAUCACUUUCUGUGCAUGGUGUUGAAUAUAAGAUUCGCUUUUUAGGUCA